CAGCAGGUCCAACCUCACCUGAGUAGACAAGAUGAAGUGGGCUGUUGCCUUCUGUGCCUUGGUGGCCUUUUCUGAGUGCCUUCGGGUCCCCCUCAUCAAGGGCAAGACAGCCAGGGAGACACUUCAGGAGAAGGGUCUCUGGGAAGAGUACAGGAAGAAGCAUCCUUACAAUCCCAUGGCCAAGUUCCAGCAGCAGAAAGGAGCUGAGAGCAUGACCAAUGAUGCUGAUCUGUCUUAUUAUGGCGUGAUUUCCCUCGGAACUCCUCCCCAGUCCUUCAAAGUAGUCUUUGACACCGGCUCCUCCAACCUGUGGGUGCCCUCCACGUACUGCAACAGUCCUUCCUGCAAUGACCACCAUAAGUUCAACCCUGAGAGUUCCAGCACCUUCCAGCCCACCGUGCAGUCUUUCCAGAUACCCUAUGGAACUGGAUACUUGACCGGCAUUCUAGGCUAUGACACUCUGCAGGUGGGUGGGAAGAAGGUCAUCAACCAGAUCUUUGGCCUGAGCGAGUCUGAGGCCCCGUUCAUGGAGCAAAUGGCGGCUGACGGUAUUCUGGGUCUCGCCUUCCCCUCCAUCUCCUCAGCUGGAGCCACCCCCGUCUUCGACAACAUGAUGAGCCAGGGCCUGCUCUCAAAGGACCUCUUCUCCGUCUACCUCAGCGAUCAUGGUCAGGUAGGUAGCAUGGUGCUGUUUGGGGAGAUUGAGCAGCAGUACUACAGUGGCAACAUCCACUGGAUACCUCUGACCUCACAAACAUAUUGGAAGAUCAAGAUGGACAGUGUCACCAUUGAUGGCAACAUUGUGGCCUGCGCAGGGGGAUGUCAGGCUAUCGUCGACACUGGAACCUCCCUCGUCGUUGGACCCACCAAUGAUAUCUACAACAUGAAUGCCUGGGUGGGAGCCAGCACCAACCAAAACGGUGACGCCACCGUACCCUGCUCCAACGUGCAGAACAUGCCAGAGGUCACCUUCAACAUCGACGGCCAGCCAUACACCAUCCCUGCAUCAGCCUAUGUGUCGCAGACCAGCUAUGGCUGCAUGUCUGGCUUCGGUAACGGGGGCAGCCAACAGCUCUGGAUCCUGGGCGACGUGUUCAUCAGGCAGUUCUACACCGUCUUUGACAGGCAGUACAACAUGGUGGGCCUGGCAUCCAUUGCGUAAAAUGCCAUCGCUCAUGGGAAAGGUUUAACCUGGGGAGCAUUCCAAGAACAUGGCUAAGUGGAUGUACCGUAUGACGUUCGUUAUGUCUUAGAGUUAUGCCAAAUGGAUGUUGAAGUGUGACGUGCUUUAACAUCAGCUGUUUUAAAGCAUGUAGCACUUCAACAUCCAUGUGACCCUCUGAUGAAGACGGAAGUCUCGCCGGCGAAACAUGUCAGGUAAAAGAUAAAAACUUCUACAUGUCUGAAACAAAAGAAACGGUAAGAUUUAACAUGGUUAAGUGAUAAACCUGGCUAGGUUAAUCUGUAUGAAGUGGUAAAUCUGCUAAACGAUAGCCCCACAGCUAGCAUUUAAGGCAGAAAAUAAGGACCCCAGGCUCUUGUAUUAGAUGAUUUACCGCUACCUCAAGGUAACCUGUAUCACUACUCACGGUAGGGACACAUAGACGUGCAUUUGGCCAAGCGAAGCAAACUUCACCAUUCAUUCCUAUGAGAGAGGCGAAGGCAAGCGAACAAGAGCGAAGCGAACAAGAGCGAAGCGAAGCGUAGCUAAAUCAUUAAACCAAGUUUAAUAUGCAAAUGGGGAGCGAAUUCGCCUGCGGCAACCCAAUCAAAUCAACAACAUAACUGUUCCAUUCCAUUUGAUUCGCCGCGCCGACCUGAUGACGGUUGAACUGUCACUAAAUUGCGCCUCUCUUCGUCUCGCUCGUUUCGCCUGCUAUGUGUCCCUACCGUUAGCCAGGUUCUUGGCAUACUCCCUAGAGAGAACCUCAGAUUACCGUCAAAUGAAGACACGAGGGAGGUGCCAUGGCUCAGUGGGCUAAGGGACCCGGGUUCAAUUCCAACCCAAAAGGUCACUCCUCUCUCUCUCUCUGUCUCUCUCUCUGUCUCUGUCUCUCUCUCUCUCUCUCUCUCUCUCUCUCUCUCUGUCUCUCUCUCUCUCUCUCUCUCUCUCUCUCUCUCUCUCUCUCUCUCUCCUAUCCAAUAGAGGCAUAAAAAGUAAAAAAGUAUCUUGUGUACAAAAACUGUAAACAUGAAAAUAAAAGAA